GGACAUAGAAAGACAGCCCACUUGAAGUCAGGGCAAGAGGAGAACGCAGGACAUCACUUCGACACAUCCGUUUGAGAGAGAAUUCAAAGUGCCACUGAAGGUGGAGAAUUUUGGAGAUAAAAAAAGUAAAUCCACAACCUGAUUAACGUGAAUGCUAGGAUUAAGAAACCUAUAUCCUUUUAUCCUAACUGGGAUUGUACCGAGCCUUUUCAUCAGCUGAGGAUGGGCCAAACAAAAGACUCUGGGGUGGCGGAAAGACCCAAAUGGGACAACAAGUUUCAGUACCUGCUAACAUGCAUUGGCUUUGCAGUGGGACUUGGAAACGUGUGGCGGUUUCCCUACCUCUGCCAGAUCUAUGGAGGGGGAGCAUUCCUCAUCCCCUAUGUAAUAGCGCUGGUGUUUGAGGGCCUCCCCCUGCUCUACCUGGAGCUGGCUAUAGGACAGAGGCUUCGCAUGGGCAGCAUCGGGGUCUGGAACUCCAUCUCUCCGCUGCUAGGUGGUGUCGGCAUUGCUUCCAUGUUUGUGUCAUUCCUGGUGGCCAUUUUCUACAACACCAUCCUGGCUUGGGUGCUCUGGUACUUCUUUCACUCUUUUCAAAACCCCCUGCCAUGGAGUUAUUGUCCGCUCAACGAUAACCUGACAGGUUAUGAUGCAGAAUGUGAGAAGAGUACUCCUGUGAAUUACUUCUGGUACCGUGUGACCCUGAACAUCACACCGGACAUUGACACCAACGGCUCCCUGCAGUGGUGGAUGGUGGUUUGUAUCGCCACCGCCUGGUGUGUGGUCUACACCUGCUUCAUCAAAGGCAUCUCCUCCAUGGGAAAAGCUGUUUAUGUGACAGCAACAUUCCCUUACCUGGUGCUGACUAUUUUCCUGAUCCGUGCCCUCACUUUGCCCGGAGCUACAGAUGGUUUGGUGUACCUCUUCACUCCUGAUUGGGAGACGCUGAAGAACCCACAAGUGUGGUUGGACGCUGCCACCCAGAUCUUCUUCUCCCUUUCUUUGGCAUUUGGAGGUCUUAUAGCAUUCUCCAGCUAUAAUGAAGAAAGAAAUGACUGUGAGCGGGAUGCUGUUCUUGUAGGAGUGAUAAACAGCGCCACAUCCCUCUAUGCAUCCAUUCCCAUUUUUUCCAUUUUAGGAUUUAAAGCCAACAGCGCUUUCAACACCUGUCGAGAAGAAAACAUCCUGACUCUGACCAACCACUUUGAGAUUUCUGACCAGAACAUGACACUGGAGAACUAUAAUGAGUGGUUUGAUCAUUUCAAUCAGAGUUUUCCAGACGAAUUCUCCAGUUUGCAUCUGAGGGAGUGUGAUCUACAGACAUUCCUUGACCAGAGUGCUUCAGGCACUGGCCUGGCUUUUAUUGUCUUCACUGAAGCAGUGAUAGAGAUGCCAGCCUCACAGGUAUGGGCCAUAUUGUUCUUCGUCAUGCUCUUCAGCCUGGGUCUCUCCUCCAUGUUUGGCAACAUAGAGGGCAUCCUCACGCCCCUCAGUGAGCUCAAACUGUUGCCCAAGUGGAUUCCCACUGAACUUGUGACAGGAAUCAUCUGCUUGAUAUCCUUCUUAGUGGCCCUCAUCUUUGCUUUGGGUUCAGGCAACUACUGGGUGGAGGUCUUCAACAGCUAUGUGGGCUCUGUACCUCUACUCAUCAUUGCAUUUUUUGAGAUUAUUUCCGUCGUUUAUAUCUAUGGAAUGAAAAAUUUCAGCGAAGACAUCUAUUUCAUGACUGGGAGGAAGCCUAACAUCUUUUGGAAGGCAUGCUGGAUGUUUAUCAGUCCAGUAAUGCUCCUGGUGGUGCUGGUUGCCUAUGUGGUUAUUCAGGCACAGACACACCCAACCUAUCACACGUGGAACCCAGCAUAUCUACUAUUGCCUCAAACUGAAGUGAAGCCGUACCCAGACUGGGUGUUUGCCAUAAUCAUCCUCCUGUGUGUGGUGCCUGUGAUUUCCAUCCCUCUGGUGGCUCUCUACAGACUCAUCUGCUGUAGAACCAAAAAGGUCUCCGAUCAAAUGGACCUAAACCCCUACAGCAAUGACGGCUUUGAGGUCGAAACACCGCAACAGAGCAGUCAAAGGGAUUAAAGAAAGUGGAUAUCACUUGUUUUAAUCCCCAAUUACAGCUGAUACUUGACUGUAAUAGACUUUUCCAAAGAUGUCAACCACACUUUGACAACUUUCUUUUC